AUGUCAAUAUCUCCGCAGCGCCUGGAAUUCUUUGCCAAGGUAUUCGGUAUCGCGCCGCCGUGUACGCGAUGGAAACCUGGUCACGACUGGCUUGGCCAAGCACAUACUAUCGUCUUGAAUGCCGAAGCCGAGGAGGGCUUGAUUGGAAAUGUGGAAAAGCCAUCGGAAGAGGGCCUCGGCUGGAGAGCUCAUGUCCUUGAGCAGACGCAAGGCGCCAGGAUCGGUGAACCCUCUUCGACAAAGCCUAUACCCCUGCGUCUACCUGAAUUAUCCCCUGUCAGGAACGAUGAGGAGACGAUCAAAGUCCUGCUCAAAUGCCUACAGGCAAUUCCCGGGUCAAUCAUCCCCAACUACGAGCUCGACCGAAUUGAUCACGGGCCGGGAGACAUACUCUUGAUGGGGCUUCUAACGGCUGUAUCACUUUGUCGACAUUUCAACAUCGAGCUACCGUGUGCCAAAGAGCACGCGGUGGACAGCAUGUUGCGUGCCUUGCUUGAUCACUACAGAAAAGUCGAGGUCGCCCGCUCGCCACCUGCUCCGAGUCCCGCACGGCUGCACUUCGCCCCUCCACCAGCACCCGUUCAGUCGGCAAGAACCUCGGCUGGUGGCAUUGGAUAUGGUGCCGUUCGAGGUGCUAACGUGAAAGAACCGAUCCCGCGUGCUGUUCCCCGUCCGCCGCAGGCCCCAGGACGGACCACACCCCCAAACCCCAUACCUCCGCCAGGAAAGGAAUCGGCUCAUCCCCCGAUGCCCGAGUAUAGCGAGCCCAACCCGGACGACCAAUGGGUGUCUGCCCAUCGUUCUGACCUACACUUCUCCGCUUGA